UCGCGUGGCGGUGGGCGGGGCGACAGAGCCUAUAAAGGGAGCUGUUGGCGGGAGGCCUGCUCAGUCCUCCGUCGCUUCUCGUGUGUUUGCUCUGCCGCUGCUCCCGCUGGUGCUGCCGCCAAGAUGUUCGAGGCGCGGCUGGUGCAGGGCUCGGUGCUCAAGCGGGUGCUGGAGGCCCUCAAGGACCUCAUCACCGAGGCCUGCUGGGACCUGGGCUCGGGCGGCAUCAGCCUGCAGAGCAUGGACUCCUCGCACGUCUCCCUGGUGCAGCUCACGCUGCGCUCCGAGGGCUUCGACACGUACCGCUGCGACCGCAACAUCGCCAUGGGCGUCAACCUGUCCAGCAUGUCCAAAAUCCUGAAGUGUGCAGGGAAUGAGGACAUCAUCACCCUGCGGGCGGAGGACAACGCAGACACCUUGGCCCUGGUGUUCGAGGCACCGAAUCAGGAGAAGGUCUCGGAUUACGAGAUGAAGCUGAUGGAUCUGGACGUGGAGCAGCUCGGCAUUCCAGAGCAGGAGUACAGCUGCGUGGUGAAGAUGCCGUCGGCGGAGUUCGCGCGGAUCUGCCGCGACCUGAGCCACAUUGGCGACGCCGUCGUCAUCUCCUGCGCCAAGGACGGCGUCAAGUUCUCUGCCAACGGAGAGCUGGGCAACGGCAACAUCAAACUGUCCCAGACCAGCAACGUGGACAAGGAGGAGGAGGCUGUCACAAUAGAGAUGAACGAGCCAGUCCAGCUGACCUUUGCCCUGAGGUACCUGAACUUCUUCACCAAAGCCACCCCCCUGUCCCCUACAGUCACUCAGCAUGUCUGCAGACGUUCCUCUGGGUGA